GUCUCAGUAUGUGACAAAUCGAGAGAGAGAAAGAGCAGCACUGAGUUUCAGAGGUGACACAAAAAGCCUUUGGAAAGUCUCCGAAAGUGGCACGGCGGUGCGAAUAAUCGGUGCAGAGGAACGGAUUUUUGAGCAGAUUUCUUGUAAUUCUGGAUUUAUACCACGCAAACUUUGAACUCAAAAACUUCAGCAUGCAGAGGCCGAGCGGACCGGGCACGGCGUUCUCGAUAGACUCGUUAAUCGGCACUCCGCAGCCGCGGCCGGGCCACUUACUCUACACAGGCUACCCCAUGUUCAUGCCAUAUCGGCCGCUGGUCAUCCCGCAAGCCCUGUCUCACUCGCCCUUACCCUCAGCCAUUCCUCCCCUCGCACCGCUAGCCUCAUUCGCCAGCAGGUUAACCAACACGUUUUGCGCCAGUUUGGGUCAGGGCAUGCCCUCCAUGGUCGCCCUCACCACCACCCUGCCCAGCUUCUCGGAGCCCGCGGAUGGUUUCUACCCGCCUCAGGACAUGAGCGGACCCCGGUUAAGCGCGGACGCGGCGAUCAGGAGGCAGGAGAGCCCGCAUGAGGAGCUGCACGCUCGGGACAAGACAGUCGAGCUUCUCAACUUCUCCGAAAGUUUUCAGACAGUAGCAGGUGAGACCAAACUGUACAGCUCAGACGAUGAGAAGCUGGACCUGAAGGCGGCGGAGGCUGCGUGUAGUGAGCGUGAGGACAGUUCAGCAGACAGCGAGAAUGAAAGUUUCUCAGACGGUCACUCCUGCGUCUCCAAGAACAAACUGAAAGCGGGUUUACACGAACCCCUGAGCUCCACCUCAGCUGCUCCAGCUGGAGCUUCGGCCGGGAAGAGCAGGAGGAGACGGACCGCGUUCACCAGCGAGCAGCUGCUGGAGCUGGAGAAGGAGUUCCACUGUAAGAAGUAUCUUUCUCUAACCGAGCGCUCUCAGAUCGCGCACGCGCUGAAGCUCAGCGAGGUUCAGGUCAAGAUCUGGUUCCAGAACCGACGUGCCAAGUGGAAGCGCAUAAAAGCGGGGAACGUGAACAGCCGCUCCGGUGAGCCCGUGCGCAACCCAAAAAUCGUGGUGCCCAUCCCGGUGCAUGUGAACCGCUUCGCCGUCAGGAGUCAGCACCAGCAGAUCGAGCAAGGAACCCGGCCGUGAACUGAGCAGAACUCUGCACAAAUAAUGCAUAAAAAUAACUGCAUGAACUGAAGCACAAAACAAGGGAAUUAAUAAAUAAUGAGCCCACGCAUCUAGACGGAUUUAUUCGAACUAGAUGUUUUCUAACACUGCGUUAUCUUCCCCUUAUUAUUUCCACAUUCCCUGAUCCUAUAACUUGUCCUUGUAUUUAAUUUAUUGCUUUGUAUAUAUUUUGUAAAUAUUAAAAUGUGUCCAAUGACACGCACAUGUGCACUAUGAAAGGAGAUUCUUAAAACGGACCUUUUUAAAACUAUUUAUCAGUUGAUGUUUAGUUGAUCUGCAUGUUGCUUACAUACUUGUUUGUUGUUUAUAUGUUUACCAUUCUUUUUUGUUUUGUUUGUUUUUUGUUUGCUUUUCUGCAUGUGUUCACACAUCAUUCUGGUCUUUAGAGACGCUUUAUUUGUGGUAAAAUAAUCAGGUGGAUGGUUGAAAUAAAUCAUGAGAAGAGUGCCUGACACUCUUUAACCAAGUUUGUUUUUUAAGUUUGAAUUUAUGCACAGAGAGAAAAUGUGAUCCUUUUCAAAUAAACGCCUAUUUAGGCAUAAUUAUAUUCGCGAACAGUUAUUGGGCUAAUUAUGAAUAAUGGGGUCCAUCAAGCCUUAAAUUAGGCAAGAUGACGUAGCCUGUAAUUAACCAAU